GGAAGGCGGGAAGAGUGGAGGGGAGGAAAGGGCUGAAACUGGCAGUGGGAGAGCAAUGAGCUGAAGACGAAAGGUCAGAGCGAAACAGAAACCUGCAGGGGCCGGUGGGACGGUCCCAAGCCUGUCGCUGGAUACCCCUGGCUGCUGAGAGUGUGUGAGGCCGCCACUUCCCCCUGACCUUCGACUGCCCAUUGACACGGGUCUGAGGGACAUAGUUGUGUGGCCUUAAGUUGUGCAGCACUUCUGAGCCCUACCUUGUGGGAGAUCUCAGCACAUUCAGUCUUAAUCCGGUAGCACUGUGCAGGACACAGGGUGUGUCUGGUCCGAGGUGACUGCCCCUCUCCCAGGACUCAGCCUCAGCCCUCUCUUGCCUGCAGUGGACCAUGCACUGUAGCUGCUUGGCCGAGGGCAUCCCGGCCACCCCUGGCAACUACUGGAUCUCAGGUGAGCCUCUCUGCCAGGUUCCCCAUACUCUUACAGUUGCUGUGAGUGGGGCCUCAGAGCAGCAGGGCAGCCCUCACACUCCCUUCCCCAUCCCAGGCUUGGCCUUCCCUGACUGGGCCUACAAACCCGAGUCCUCCCCAGGCUCCCGGCAGAUCCAGCUGUGGCACUUCAUCCUGGAGCUGCUGCAGAAGGAAGAGUUCCGCCAUGUCAUUGCCUGGCAACAGGGAGAAUACGGGGAGUUCGUCAUCAAGGAUCCAGAUGAGGUAGCCCGCCUCUGGGGCCGCAGGAAAUGUAAACCACAGAUGAAUUAUGACAAGCUCAGCCGGGCCCUCAGGUAUUACUACAACAAGAGGAUCCUGCACAAGACCAAAGGCAAAAGGUUCACUUACAAGUUCAACUUCAGCAAGCUCAUUGUAGUCAACUAUCCUGUGUGGGAGGUGCGGGCUCCACCCUCUCCCUGCCUGCUGCUGGGGGCCCCUACCCGGUGUCGGCCAGCCUUUGUGCCCAUGGGUGUGCAGAGUGAGCUCCUGCCCGGCAUGCUGUUCACCCAUCAGGCCAUGGCAGAGCAGCUGGCCAGAGAACGGACCCCCCAGGAGUCCCCAGAGGUCUCUGAGAAGAAGGGGAGCAGCAGCAGCCAGCACCGACUUGGCUCUGCCCCCAACCCCUCCUGGCUCAGGCCAUGCUGCCAUCUCGGGGGCCUCCAGGGCGGGCUGUCCAGCUUUGCCUCCUUGGUCCCUACCCUCCCGCCUCUUCCCUCCCCCUGGGCCUGCCUCUCAGGGCCCUUCCUGCCUCCUCUCCUUGCAGAGCAACAGCUCCGAAGCUCCUCCAAGCCGGCCAUUCUGCUCCCAGGGCCUGGGUGUCCCCCAGGGCCCCAACAAGCUCCAGGGCUCCCCUUGAUGGCCAGGCUGGGACAAGGGAUGGGUGAGAGGCUUCCCACGUCAUUGCUCAGGCCUAGGGGGCUGGAGGUAAAGUCUGACCCCAUGAUGGGAGCAAAGGGGUGUCUGGACCCCAGAGAGGGCUUCUCCCUGGAGACCCACACAAUGGAGCUUGGGGAGGACAACCCUGCCUCCCCCAGCCUGGAGUACCUCAGAGCACUGUGGCCCUUGGAUCCUCCUUAACUGGAGCAGAAGACGAAAGCAUCUCCAAACUCUGUCCCCUCUGGCCAACUUCUUCUCUGGUUUUGCUGGACACAAGUGAGACUGCAGAAGGCUUUGAAGAGGUGACUUAGACCACUACAGAGGCACAAAUGUGGGGGUGGGAGGAACUGAGGCAGGGCCCCCUCCUCUCUCACCAAAUUGCUCAUCAGACUGAGAAGUCUUGGUCUCAAUUUUUUCAGAGAGAGGGAGGAUUAAUACAGUUUUCACCUUUUGCACCAUCCAUCCCAUACCUGCCCAUGUCAGGAGGAAAUCAAGUGUCUUCGCUGGGGAGGGGCCAGGGAUGCCUCCCAUGGCUCCUUUUCUGUGGGCUCAUCUCACUGUCUAGGCUAAGGUCUCCGUCCCCCCACCACUCUUCAUGCCUUCUCUUCCAUCCCUUGGAAACUCCAGUCGCCUUCAGGAGCUUCCUUCUACCUCCUCUGCCCCAGGCAAGUGGGAGGAAGGGACUGCUUCCUGCCUCUGUAAUACUCCCCACUGGCCAGGAAUAAAAUGCCCUUGGCAAACUGGCCCCUUAGUGCGUGACCGCCUCCCUCCCUCCACUGGGUCCCAACUGCCCGCCAACUGCCCGGAGCGCCUGUUUCUGAUCCCAGGCAGAGCUAAACACCACCCAUGAGGCCUGCAGGAAGGGGCUGAAGGCUUCAGGGAGGCCUGGGAGACUGGAAACAGCCAGUCUCCUUGCCGCCAUCGCCAUCGGCUCUGGGAAAGAUAAGGGCUGACGGAGCAGUGGCCCUGCAAGCUCCUGUAGAUGAGGGAAAGCAGCCUCCAGAACUUCCAGCAGAGCAGGAGUCUUUCAAAAUGACCCUCAGCCCCCUGCUACGGCCCCCUGAGCAGAACUCUGAAGACUGGGGAGAGUGAGGAGGCCACUGGCAAACAUUCCUCUUCCUUUGACCUUCCCCCUGCACUGGCGUCCUGAGACUAACAAGGGAAUAGAUCUAAAGCAUCAGGUGAUUUGGGGGGGGGGUAUGAGGGAGAGGGGUCUGAUGCUCAGUCAAGGACAAGCCAACAGACAGAGAUGUUGCAGGAGCCAAGGCACUGAGCCAUACUGCCCUCCUUUCUCCAAGUGGCAAACCCCACACUAGGUUUGUCUCCAGUCCUUUCUGGGGAGGAACGGAAGGUCCCUUUGUCCAUUCUUUGUCCCUGCCCUUCCAGUCUCCCCUCAGUGGAGGCUCCUCUUGCCUUUACUUUUCAAUUUAAUUUUUGUUUCAUUUUGUUUUUUGAGACAAGGUCUCGCUAUGCAGUUCAGACUGUC